AUGUGCCUAUACAAGGUCACUGCCGCUGUAGACUGGUCUGUUCGAGGAACGAGAUACACGGACAUGGUAUCACCGUUAAGCCAUACAGACCUCUUCAUUGAUGUCAUUUCAUGGAGCACCUCUUUGGUGAUGUGUGUGACGUCUUCGGCAGCAAGUACGCCGCUAAAUUCUCGUCGGAACGGAUUGAAGCACUCCGGUCUGACCUCCUUGACCUGGGUCGAUGACGAUCUUCUGCUGCUUCCUAAGCACAAAGCCUGGUGGCGGGUUCUCCAUAUCUACUCCAUCGUCGAUCGUAUCCGGGACUGCUCUCAAAGAUGGCAAGGGGCUUUCCCAGGCGGAUAUUGCGGGGUUUCUCCACGUAUGCAAAGGCAUCGCGACCCCGGGACCUGGCCACAUGUUUGCUUGUGCGUUGUGGUGGCUCAGCCGUGGCUUUUGGAAGUCAUCAAAAUUGAUGUGUUCAAUGUUGGGCAACAAUCCAGUUGGAAGUUUCCGCCUGAUUACGCCAAAGACGGAUUGUAUUGCAAGCUCGCGACAGUUCCGACCACAUGUUGA